GUAAUUGAAUGACUGAGUGAUCACUCAAUAAUAGUGUUGUGUUUUGCCAUCACUUCUUCAUUAGGUUUUGAUGACUUGAAUGAUAUUUGUGUGUAUUAUCUGAUCCAACAAACCAUAUGUUUUGGUGAUUUGUGAUUGUGAUUGUGAUUUGUCACACAUUUGUUAAUAAUUAAAAAUAAAAGCCAGAAGUGUUGGUUGUGUGAACACGUGUGACAAAUAUAUGACAUAAUUAUUAUUAUUAUGAUCUUCUGUGUGACCUAUUGUGACCAUUGAUGUCAUAUUUAAUGAAGAAGUGUAUUAUAUUUUAAUUGUUUUGUUCUGCAGUUAUGAUAAUCUUUGUUGAAAUUUGAUAACAAUUAGAGUAAAAGUGUUGAAACAUUGAAACAAUGGGUUCACUAUUGUCUAUAUUUAGGACAAAGAGGGCUACAAAAGCUAUAUUAGAAGAUAUUGAGAAUGAGAUGGAAUCGCUUCAAGACUUGAAGGAAAGCGCUUCCAAACGUGAAAAGACAGCUAUAUUUGUCUUCUUAGUGUUUAUAGUCAUGUGUUAUACGAUCGCGGCUUUCAUUUUAUUUCGUUAUUACAUUGUUUUCAAUACAUCUAAAGAAAAUCUGAUCAUUAAUUCUGUUGCUUUACUUGUAUUUAUUGCCACAAUCUUUGGACUUUACGGUUUAAAAAGAUUACUUCAUUGGUAUUACCGAUGGAUUCAAGAGUAUAUCAAUGAAAGGCUUAAACAUUUGAGAAGACAAAAGAAGAAAAUAUUAGAGAAAGUGAAAGAAACUGAAAACUUUAAGGACGCCAAAGAAAUUCUUGAGAAAUACGAUCCAAACGCUCUCUUUGAAGGCGUUUCCUUUCGGACGCUAAGCAACACUCCUUUACUUAAUCAACCGACACAAUCAAGAUUAUCAAUAGAUCCACAACUUAGAUAUCGUGGCGGCGGUGCUAUGAAUACUCCCAUUCGUCCGAUGCCUGCUAUCAUGUCAUCGACACCUCAGAGGCCAACUAUGACAGGCUUUAGCCAAAAUUUAAUAAGAGGUCCACAAUUGACACCACAAAGAAUGCCAAUGAUGGCAAUGCCACCACCCGUUCGAUUAAUAAAACCUAUUUUACCGCAAAGGCGUUCAGUUAUGGAUAAACUGGUGGAUUAUGUUGUAGGCGAUGGACCUAAUAAUAGAUAUGCACUCAUAUGUAUACAUUGCUAUUCUCAUAACGGUAUGGCAUUAAAGGAUGAAUUUGAAUAUAUUCAGUAUAAGUGCGGUUAUUGCAAACAAUUUAAUCCGCCCCGAAAGGUCAGACCAAUCGCUCCUCGCAUUGAAAGUCAACGGACAUCUCUACCACCAGUUAUAGAUGAACCAGAAAGUGAUACCGAAUCUGAAAGGGGACGAAGCAAUCAACAGACAACUAAUAUUCAAGAAAUAUCGACUCUUAAUGACGUUCAUAACGAUAACCACAAUAAUAAAGACAGUGAUAAAAAUCGAGUGCGAUCUGACACAAGUGAUGAGUCAAUUGAUGCACAGACUGUGAAUUCGACCACAAAAACAGGUUCUAAUGAGACAAUCAAUUGUAGUGAAGAUGUUAACCAAGAAAGUGAAAACAAACAUCAAUUAAAUAGUAAUAACAGCGAAAUAGAUAAAGAAAUACCUUUUAUUGACGAACAGAACAUUUGAUAAUUUGU